AGUUUUGUUUCUUGUGACGUCAUAUUCCAGCGACAAAUUCUUACGCAAGGAAAAAGCCGGUUGAGUUCCGACUUCCCGACGGUCACUCUCACCCUAUCGGCUACCGUUUAUUAACAAAAUGUAUUACAAAUUUAGUGGAUUUACACAAAGACUGACGGGAGCAGUGUCAUCCUCCGCAUACAGCCCGCAGGGCUUGAGGUCAAAUAUACCGUCUGAAUCCCCUACCAUCAUCUUUGCCACCCCAACUAAACUGGUGUCUCAGUCAAAUGCUGCCGUGGAGUAUAUGGGUGCCAACAAGGUUCCAGAUCUCCAGAGGAUAUUUCAGGCCUCCGAAGAGAUUCCUGUUCAUCUGAAACGUGGUGUUUCAGACAGACUCUUGUACAGGACCACCAUGGCACUGACAGUCGGGGGAGCUCUCUACUGUCUCGUAGCUCUUUACUUAGCAGCACAGCCCAAAAACAAAUGAACUGUACCCAGCCUAUUUUCAUCAACACACAUCAUCAGCAUUGCGAUGUGUAACUUUGUUGAAUUUAUUAUGAACAUUAGCAAUAUUGACAAAGCUUCUACUGCACAAUGCCAUUUUACCUGUGUGUCCUGUAUCAGAUCUGUCCUUACAAAUGGGAUGCUGUUAGUUGUGUUUAUUAGAACAGUGGUUCUCAGUAUUGAUAUUUCAUGGCCACCCCUAAAGUCAAUAUUUGCCCCCUACAUCCUGUUUAUUGUCGUCUUGUAUUUCUGUUGAAAUUACAACAAAAACACAUCCUUUUCGUUUAAAGAAACUAGGGUAAUAAUGAUUCAUUUCAAGGAUAUAAGUGUUAAUUCAAUGUGGUGUAAUGUAAAUUUUAGGUUGUUUUUCUCCAGAAUACACUUUUAAAAUAAAAGUUGCCAAUAAAGAACCCUUAUUUUUAAGAAUGUAAUAAAUAUAACGCAAAUAAAAAAGAUCUUACUGUUAAUAAUUUUGCUAAAUAAUCAUUUACAAUCGAAUAGUUAAAUUAUUUUAAAACAUUUUGGAGUUUACUGAGAACCACUGUAGGGUUCAAGACCUGUAGUCAUAACAGACAGUAAGGCCUCCACUCUCAGCCCCAUUUAUACCUUUUCAGCACAGGAUGGUUUAAACCAGAUGUGUGAUGGCUGACACUAGUGAUAAUCAUGUUUUGGUAACGACUGACAAAUGUUGAGAAGAGGAUAAAAAAGGAAAAUAGGGUGAGAUCUCACACUUUUCAGUAGUGUUGUUGAUUGGAGUGUUUGUUUCACACUCGGGCAUGUUAAGUGUGCCUCUGGGAAGCCCGAUUAUGAGAAAUCUAGAGGAAGGGCAUUAACACUUGUAGAGGAUGUGCAGAAUAUUCCGGAAAUGUGGAA